UCCAGUUUGUACUUCUAGCUAGUCUUUGUGCGUAGCUAGCUAGGCAUACAUGGACCUGUCUCUGACCUUGGGCCGCCCGGGAACCGAAGGCAGUGGGGCGGCCGGCCGGGGAGCAUCCAACAGCGGGCUGGCCGACAAUGAGGCGUGGCCGCUGUUCCCGUGCCUCUUCUGCGACAGGAAGUUCCUCAAGCCGCAGGCCCUCGGUGGCCACCAGAACGCGCACAGGGAGGAGCGCGCGGCCGGCUGGAACCCCUACCUCUACGGCCGCCACCCCGAUGACAGUGCUCCCUCGUCUCGCGCCACCGCCACCAACAAGUUCAUCCCUGUCGCCACGGACGGUGGUGGAGGUGGCGCCGCCCCACCGCCACUCCAUGUAGUUCCUGCUGCUGGCCCGCUGACUCCGUCGCUCGACAGCGUGCGAGCAGCAGCCGGCCCGUUGUCGGCGCCGGAGAGCAACAUCGGCGUGGAGAUCGACCUGGAGCUGCGUCUCUAGCUGAUUUAGCUACGGACGACAUGCAUCUUCCAGGAUUAUCUUCCACCUCUCUUGGUUAAUUGCCUUUAUGAAUCUAUAUAUCUUUACAAGGUUUGUGUUGCCCUUCUUCAGUUUUUUUGUGUGUGUGUGUGUGAAGUAGGAGUACCUUUUAUUUUUUCAGAGUGAUGGUUUUUUGCCUUAUUCAAGCAUGACCUACUUGCAAUACUAUUGAGUGCUCCCAAAUAUUAUUGUAUCGCCUCGUCAAA